UCUGUGCCUCUCAGGUGACAGCUGGUUCUACUGAGCAUGCUCCAGAGAGGGCCAGGUAACCUAAGCUAGACACACUCGUAUAUACACAGCACAUGCUACAGCACUGUAUGAACCGGUAAAUGAUGGGGCUCUGAGUUUAAAUCCCCAAACAAUAGACAGUCCCACAGGGCUACAGAUCAUUUUUAUGAAUUAAUCUGUGAGGGGAACAUACCAUGUCACCAGAAGGGGUGGACCUUUGUGCUCUGUUCAACAGGUAAGCAGUUUGUAACAGCUUUUAAAAUGUGCAUGUACUCUAACCAUUAUUUGUUGGUUUAGGAAAGAGGUGUAUGGAUGUUCAGACACUAAAGUCAAACAAUUGACUAAAAGCAAAUCAAUGACAGAAAAAAAGGCUCAUGCAAGUUUAGUGCUCUCUUUGUUCAUUGUUAAUCAGUUGAUAUCAGAAGGUGUUUAGAUAAUCUUGGAUAUCAGUUAACAUGCAGGUUGCAAUGAACCUGAUUCACAGCGUGAGGGAAUAGUUUGUGAUUGAGUCAAGGACUAAAAAUGCGGGGGAAAAUCGUUAUCUUUUAAAUGUCAUUCUCAAUAGAGACAUGUGGCAUGUAUAAACCACAUUGUAGACUACACAGAAAUGGGACACUGAAGUGCUUCAGUGAAAGCCAAACUAAUGAAAUAGUUGUAGGUGUCGGUGAGUCAGUAGUUCAUUAACUGACACAACUGAAACGAUUUCUCAGGUAAACCAAGACUGGAUUACCAAGCAGCCCCAGUCGCCCCAGGCUGUCUGUUGCAAAUCCUUUGUGAAAGGACAGCGCAGCAGAGCAAAGUCCAUUAGUAAAAGAGCUUUAGCAGAAACAUGAUAGGCCUCAUUCUGCUACAGUGUCUGGCUGUCAUCCAUCAGUCAGCAUCCUCUGGGGACGACCUGAACCUCCCUGGAUGGCCAAACAGAUGAUGGUGGUGACAAUAAUGAAGCUGUAUCAGGUUGCAGCCGGAUGGACGAGAUGCUACCUCAUCACCAUGUUGCCUCUACUGUAACACAACAUGAACAGUAUUUUGCUGAUGUUGCUGCUGUCAGUCAUCAGUGCCCAGCGUGUGUCCUCUGUCCCAUCAUGCCCUGCUUCUUGUGUGGUUUGUUCUGAGGAUGCUGUCAUCUGUCACAGGCUGGCUCACAUUAUAGACGCUCCAGACACGACUCAGGCUCUACUGCUAACAGAAGGCUCCAUCUCUACUGUCCAACCUGCCUCGCUAUCCGACCUCAGCAACAUUACAGUCAUAGGUCUAAGUCAUAACCAUAUAUCAGUUCUCGGUAAAGAGUCCUUCAGAAACUUGCCCUUCCUCCACACAUUACUGCUGGACCACAACCUCCUGACCAGUCAGGCCUUACAGGGGGGAGCUCUGACCAAUCUAACCCAGCUAGAGGUCCUCGCCUUGGGCCACAACCUCAUCAGCAUGAUCCAAGCUGGCUGGCUUAAAGGUACCAAGGCUCUGCGGAGCUUGAAGCUGGAGGGAAACCAGCUCACCAGUUUGGACUCUGGAUCCUUCCCUCUAAAUGACCUCAGAGAUCUGGAAAGUCUGGAUGUGUCAGAUAACCAGAUAAAUCAUCUGGACAGAAACAGUUUCCGUGGGUUGGUGGGCCUGCGCACUCUAGAUCUGUCCAGAAACCGUCUGAGUUCAGCUCCUGCUGAGGCUUUUUCCUACCUCACCUGGCUAACCAACCUCAACCUGGACCUCAACUCAUGGAACUGCUCCUGUCAGCUGCUGGAUCUGGCUGCCUUCCUGUCCACCUUCAUACAACAACCUGACCAGAUCCUUUAUAAUGGCCGUAGGAUGGUGUGUGUGAGUGCUGACAAUCCUGCUGUAACCACGGUGCUGGAGCUGACUGAAGCCAACUGUGUCCCGUCCAAUCAGAACAUCACAGUGCAGAUACAAACAAGAGGCAGCGUGAUGCCUCAACUGUACGCUCGAGAUCUGGCCAUCACAGCAGUCAUCUGCUUUAUUGGUGGCGUCGGCUUGACCCUGCUGGUAGUGCUGAUCUACUAUCAAGUGUCUCACAGGAAGAAACUGAAACAAAGUGAAGGACAGAGGGAGAAAGAGGAGGAAAACAGCACAGUGGCCAACCAACUUGUCAAUCACCAUAAUGUUAGUGAGAUGAGGGGGGACCUCUUCUUGCAAGCCAACAACAGCCAGCCAUGGGACAAGGAAACCAUGUUGGACACAAGAACAGAAGGCCAUGGUGGACAGUUCAGGUCCAGAGCAGAUGAGAACGACAGCCAUUUUAGGUGCCCUGACUGCCGUUCUGAAGGACCAAGGCUGAAUCCGAUGAGAUGGGACAACAGGGUGAAUGGAGGAAUUGAGUCAGAGGAGGAUAGAGAGAGAAGGAGAGUGAGGAUGAUGAUGAUGGAGGAGGAGAGGAGGAAGCCUGGGACUCAUCAGGAAAUCUUGGGCAGGGAUGUCCCUAACAAGCUUCUUUCUCGAAGCAACUCCAACUCUUCCUUUCAUCCACGGAGAGAAACUUUCAGUCAGAGACCAGAGACCCUGGUUGCUUAUAAGACACACAGAGAAAUGGGAGAGAGCUACAGGACUAAUGUGGAAGGUAAGAGCAGAGGACAGGAGAUGACACACUGUGAGAGCUGCCACAGGACAUAUAGACCAUCAGAGCACAACAUGAGACAAGGCAGAAUUCACACCAACAUGAGAGACUCUGCUCUGUUUGAUGGCUUCCCUCCUCAACACAGACUGAGCGACAGGGGUAGGAAUGUUAGCUACAACCAGUUUGAUAUGAUGAAGGACAUGGACUUUAGAAGAGAAACAAGAAAUGUGACGUUUGAUCUGGAGAGUUCAAGCACACAGAAGGAAAAAGGAAACAAUCAAGGAAGGGGCCGGAAGGAAGAGGAGGCAAAGACUUCCAGAGACAAGGAGAGAGGAAGAGAGAGGAAACACAAAGCUAAAGUCCAGUCAAGCCGAUUACUGAAGGUUAAACUAAACCUGAGCCCGCUCCGAAAAAGCAAAGUCCAUCCCAAGAGGAAAACCGAGCGGGGCCACUUGGAGAAAAGCAGCUCCAAGAAGAGUGAAGAGAAAAGGAGAGAUGGAAAAGAAAGAAGAGAGAAGGAAGGGAGAGGAAGCUCUGGUAAGAAAACAAAGGAAAACAUCGAGAAAGUAAAAAAGACUGCCAAGGCCAAAGGAUUGAUUGAGGAUGAUGCAGAGGAGAAGGAGGAUGAAGAAGGGGAACAGAAAAGCAAAUCAUCGUCUAAGCAGAAAAAAACAACAUUGAAAAGUGGGAAAGGUGGUCAGGAAAGUGCAGAAGGUGACCAAGGUGAGAAAACACACCUGGAGAACUCCCAACACACAUCUAGUGAUACUACCAAUGCUGCAGACCAAUCAUACACCACCAGAGUAGAGGGAGCCACUAUUAUUGGACAGGGGCCAGGCUUGCAGGGUGCGGAUAUUCCGUAUCAGGGAGCUGGAUUGGUUCUUGGAAGCGCUCAGCUUUCCUCCCAGCAUCCCUUCUCAAUGUCUGCCUCUGAAAGGAAUUGUACUACCAACCUUUCCCUGCUGGGGUCAGCAGGUUCUCAGCUGACUGGCAGCAAUCUUUGUCUUCAAGGAGGGAAUUUUUUACUCAACACCACAGCCCCAGUGUCUAAUGCACUCUACCCUAGUGGUCCAACUAAUACCGUUGCUCCUAGCAUAGCAAUCAGUGGGCCCAACAUGGUGCCGAGUGGUGCUCCAAACAGCUUCAGCAGGCAAACUAGUGUAGGUCUCAUGUCUCCUGCUACCUCUCUCCUAGCUAAUGCUGUACAAGCUAACCCUUUGCAAGCAAGUGCAAUACAGACCAUUCCUCUUUAUAACUCUCAAGCUAGAGGACUUGCCCAGAACUUAGCAGCAAACCCAGCUAUUAAUCCUUCACCCAUCCAGUCCCUCUCUCAGAGCCAGAUGCCUCCUGACAGCUCUCCUCUUGUAGCUAGACUGAAGCCUGAUCCAACCCAGGGACCGGGCCCGCAGACUGGGGAGGGACUUCAUCAGCUGCCCCCUGAAUCUCAGACCAAGGAGAGCUUCACUCUCCCAACUCAGGCACCUCUAGACGCAGAUGAUUCAUCUGGGGUGACCCCUCAGGUUACGGGACCUUUGACCACUGUGGAGAAUCUGUCAAACAAUAACAGUCAGACAGAGAAUGGGCGUGUACCUGCAGGGUUGAUGGUCAGUAUGUCAGCUGGGGGUGUAGCUCUAACUGAAGGUUCAACAGUGGGGUUGUCUGGAGGCAGCAUGCCAGCAGCAGCAGAUGUGUCUGUAUCAGGUGUCUCUGCACAGAGUGAAUACUCCACAUGUAGCCCAGCUGCAGCUGCUGCACUGCUGCAGCAGGAGUACCUGCCAGAGGACGGAGGCUCAUCUCCCAGGAGGAAGCUGAGGCUGGUUCUUCCUGAGAAGACGUCCAGUCGUCCACCCACUGCACUGGAGAGGAAAAUACGCUAGCUCUUUAAACCUUAUUUAAAGUUGGUUAAACGAUUUUGAGUAAACAUCUCAUGGAUUAGUGGUGUUAUGAUGAAGAAGCACUUCAUCAUUUACAAUUAAGUUUAUUAUUAGAUACAGAAAAUAUUUUAUCUGAGACUGAUGUCUUCAUACUAGUGUUUUCCUAAUGUGCUGAUAUAAACUGCAACAAAAUGUUAUUUUGUCAUUUCUGGGUUUCUGGUUUUACAGAUGUCUGAUCUUUUAUUUUUAUAAUUUUCAACACUGAGUAAAAAAUCUUGCUGUUUCUGA